CUGCUGGGCUAGCCGACCCACACACCACAUCCCGUCCACGCCCCUUUUGUAUAAGCCAGACAGCAGAAGCAGGCGAAAGGUGCCAGGGGGAGCAGGUAGCAACCUAACACGCGCAAAAAACAGGGGGCUCCGGCAAAACAAGCCGGCGAAACGGGGCGGUUGGGGAGGCACCGGGCAACGAUAAGUGGGGGAUCAGAUCAGGGCUGGAGUAGUCCCGGCGACCAUCGUACAGAGGCUUUCGCCCGCUGUUGGGUUCGGUGGUACGGUAGUAGUGCGGGCGCGAUGGAGGCAUUAUCGCUGCUGCGGCAAUGUACCAUGGCGAGGAAGACCGUGAGGGAGGAGAAAGACCACUACGUUUUUGGCCACAAGAGGGUGCCCAAGGACACCCCGACCGCCUGGAAGUCACAAGUGCAGAGCGAGUACUACAGCUUAAAGCAGCUGGUAAUCCUGCUGGAGCACGCGGACGCGCCCAUGGUGACGUACAUCGCGGCCUGCACCAGCAAGGGUGUCAAGUGGGUAGCCUCCAUCGAAAAGGCGGACGUGUUGGCCUACCUCAGGGGGCAAACGGACGAUGCCCCUCAGAUCGAUAGGACAGCAGCACCGACGUCGUCGGAGAGGGCUAACAAGCGCUCACACAACGAGCUCCAAAAAGGCAUGACGGAUACCGAGAUGCGAGAGGCAAAGAAGGCGCACGCCCAACGCUUGGAGAACCGAGGAGGGGGGGGGAGUCGCGCGGGGCUGCUGAGCGGACAGGACCCCCUGUUGUCGAGGGGGGAGGGCACGGGAAUCGGCGGGAUAUCUCAGGACAAGCUGCUGGAGCUUCGGGCCAAGCGUCUUUCCCACAAGCGAAACACCAUUGUGUCGUGA